AUGCAAACAUGUAAAGAUGGAGAAUAUAAAUUUAUUUUAAAUUAUCAAGAUUAUCUAACUUUCGGGGCACCAAAUAUUUUGCAUUCUGAUAACGGUAGGGAGUUUAUGAAUAAAAUAAUCACAGAAUUGUGUUUAAUGUGGGAUGGUGUAAAAAUAGUGCAUGGCAAACCACGCCAUAGCCAAACACRAGGUUCAAUAGAGAGAGCGAAUCAAGAUAUUCAAAACCUAUUAAGAGAAUGGAUGUACGAAAAUAAUACGAAUAAAUGGGUGGAUGGUCUAUAUUUUGUUCAAUUUACAAAAAAUACAGCAUACCACGAAGGUAUAAAGCAAAGUCCGUAUGAAGCUAUGUUUGGCACAAAAGCUAAAAUGGGUCUGUUUUCGUCUUCACUUCCUCGAGACAAAGUUCAUGAACUUGAAUCAGAAGAGCAUUUGGAAAAAAUAAUCAAAAAUAUGAAUUCUGAAAAAAGAGAUUUAGAAAAUCAAGAGUCGAAUGAUGCUGACCAACAUGAAAAUAAUAAUACAGAUUCUGAAAACAUUGAUCGAGGAAGUCUGAAAGAGUCGAGUGAUGACGAACAACACGAAAAAAAAUAUCAAGUACAAAAAAUAAUUUUGAAUAGAGAAGUAGCAAUCACCAAUCUUCAAGUACAAGCUGUAAAACUGUUGCGAACUUCAAAACAAAAGUUUCAGCCGRCUAAAGUUGGAGAAACUGUCCGUAUUCGAGUUCUAGAUGUUGAUCGUAGUAAAAUGGAUCCUCAAAAUAUUUUAGCUGUAGUAUUAGAUAUAGUAGAUAAUGAUAACAGAUAA